GCUCGCUGCUGAUUGGUCGUUGGAGGCAGACAGCUGAAGGUGAAGGAGGUUGCGGUUGUUUGCAAUGGCGGCUGCACGGUUGGCUUUUCUGACAACAUGGCGAGGUCAGCGGGGUGGCAGUGCGCCGUGGCUGCAGCUUUCAAAAUGUAAGCACAGGAGAUAUUCAUCAGGCACCACAUUAAAUGAGGUUGUCAUUGUAAGUGCAGCCAGAACCCCCAUUGGUUCAUUUAAAGGAUGCCUAUCUUCAUUAACAGCUACUCAGCUUGGUUCAAUUUCUAUAAAAGCUGCCAUUGAAAGAGCAGGGAUUCCUCCAGAAGAAGUGAAAGAAGUGUAUAUGGGCAAUGUUCUACAGGCUGGGGAGGGGCAAGCUCCUGCUAGGCAAUCUGCUCUUGGCGCAGGCUUACCAGUGUCCACACCUGCAACAACUGUCAACAAAGUCUGUGCAUCUGGAAUGAAAUCAAUCAUGCUUGCAGCGCAAAGUCUUAUGUGUGGACAUCAGGAAGUAAUGGUUGCUGGUGGUAUGGAGAGCAUGUCUAAUGUACCAUUUGUAAUGGGUAGAGAAACACCAGUUUAUGGAGGUGUAAAGUUGGAGGACCUAAUUGUAAAGGAUGGAUUAACAGAUGUCUACAAUAAAAUUCAUAUGGGGAACUGUGCUGAGAAUACUGCAAACAAGUUUAAUAUUUCGCGUGAAGAACAAGACGCUUAUGCAGUUGGUUCAUAUACUAAAAGCAAGGCAUCUUGGGAUUCACAAGUCAUGGCAAAAGAAGUGGUUCCAGUCAGUGUUCCUCAGAGAGGUAAACCAGAUCUUGUGAUCAGCGAAGAUGAAGAGUACAAACGUGUUGACUUCAAUAAAGUCCCAAAGAUCAAACCGGUCUUCCAGAAAGAAAACGGUACAAUUACAGCUGCCAAUGCAAGCACCAUAAAUGAUGGAGCUGCUGCUUUAGUGUUAAUGACAACAGAGGCUGCCAAAAGACUAAAUGUUGCUCCAAUGGCACGAAUUGUAGCAUUUGGGGAUGCCGCAGUUGAUCCAAUUGACUUUCCAAUUGCACCUGCUUUGGCUGUACCAAAGCUUCUGAAAAAAACAGGCAUAAAGAAGGAAGACAUUGCAAUGUGGGAGGUUAAUGAAGCAUUUAGUGUUGUUGUUCUAGCAAACAUCAAAAUGUUGGAGAUUGAUCCUCAAAAAGUUAAUAUCAAUGGUGGAGCAGUAUCUCUAGGUCAUCCCAUUGGGAUGUCUGGGACAAGAAUUGUUGGGCACAUGGCUUACAAUCUAAAGCCUGGAGAGUAUGGCCUAGCUGGAAUUUGUAAUGGAGGUGGUGGUGCUUCUUCAAUACUUAUUCAGCGAUUGUAAAAUGCUGACUGUCCUUUCUGAUGUGAUUCAAGGGUUAAGCUGCCAUACAAUACCACUGCGAUGAAUACGGCAAACAUAAUUAUGCAUAAUUGUUCAAAAUGUAUGCAUUUCUAUUGUCUAAAAAACAUCUCUGCAUUGGUGGCAAUAUUACUGAUUUACAGACGCACUGCAGAAAUAAUGUAAUGACAGCAACAUGUAUUUUUUUAAAUGUACUUGAAAUAUUCUGUCAAAGUGUAUCCCAUUUGAAAAUCAGUGUGGCCUUUCACAAUUUUGUUUUCUGAAACCAAACUAUAAAAGAUAUGGUGAUUUUUUUUUUAAAAAUCAAGUAUAUGCACAGGAGGUGGUUAUGAUUGAUCUAUACUGUGUGUGAUAAGACUGCAAUUUUAGAAAGUAACAUGAGCCUAAAUUGUAAAAUUCAACUCAUGAAUAAAUAAGUUGUAUGCAAACAGCACAAA